AUGUCGCGACGGCUUGCUCUGGAACAAACCGCAAAAGUAACAUUGGGUGGCAAGAGUCCGAGGCAUCGGUUGCUCUGGCAGGCACACACCCCACAACUGGGCCUGGACAAGGUGCCGGCUAGGCCCAAACCUGGUGAUGUACAAUUAGACAAGGACGGAAAAACGGCGGACAUCAGUGCCAUUUCUGCAAAGUUCUACAACAUUCCAUAUCUAUUAAUAAUCACUUUACCUCUUGCUUCCAACGCCCAUGAGGUCCCCCUCAUGCACUCUCCUGUCAACUAUCCCUCAUCUCUUGACACUCCCUCAUCAUACGCAGCGCGUGCCUUGUACGGGCAAGCUCGAGGGGGCUCUCAAGAUCCUUUACCCCUUCUGCCCAGCUGGCACUCUUCACCUACCCCUUCUCUUAAUCCUUCAACAAGAAAGCCAGGCUUAGAGUCCUCUUCUCAGUCCGUCCAGUCGGUUCACACCCAGGAGGAGCCCCACCUCCCCACCCCUGUUCGAACAGCUGUUGCGAUGUCCAGCCCCAGUGGGAUUGCAAGCCCCAAAGAGUCCUCCAUCAUCAGCACAGAGUUGCCAGCUGGCGACACCGGAGAGGUCCAACAGCAAUCAGCUACUCUCGCCAACAUUAUCCAGUUUCUAGCACAUGCGCUCCCCAGCGAAGAAUUUAGGCAGCCUGCCUCUCCAGAGGAGUUUCAGGCUAUCGAAAAGGCCUUGCAUGGUGGAGAAAUCAGGUCGAAUUAUUCUAGCCUUCGUCUUAACUACUUCAACGAUCAUAUCGUCAUUACGAUGCCCUCACUUACACAUGAGAUCGCUGCAGGUCUCCUCCAACUUUCUAUGAACCGCCACGAGCUCGCUGCGGACACCGCUCUUUCUGGAGGUUGCCCUUUGGUCCCGGUGGUUGGAGACCAACAGCUGUCUGCGGACGCCUGUUUCUUUUCGUCUUCCACCCCACAGCACGGGAGGGUCGCUGCCAGGAAGCAAGGGGGACACCCAGUGUCUGUCUGGGAGGUCUCCGUCGCCCAGAGAUUCGCCGCUGCAAAGCUUAAGGCUAACCGAUGGCUAAUUGGGACAUUCCUCAGAACAACGAACGCACUCGUUAUCAACCUCGAGGUUGACAGUAAACCCGGUGAGAGGGUCCUUCGCUCCUUAAGGGUCACUCACUGGAUUGGAAAGUGGACCCCAUACGAGGCGCCCAAUGAGGAGGAGCUCCAACACAUGAAAUCUGUCACGGGACGUGUUGUGGACGAGGAGGGGAAUCCGCUCAACGAGCGCGGCGCUGAAUCGCGGAAUAUUUUUUUUUGGUUUUGA